ACACGCUCGUGUCGAUUCGUGCGGCGCGUGAGUGACUCCCUAGGAUACUCAAAACCGACCGAUGGGAUGCUCGUGUCGGGUCAGUCAGUUCCAUCUCAGCCACGAACUGAACAGCACGUCUCACGCACCGGUUCACCAGCCCCAAGCGAGUGAGUACGUCCGGACGCGUCGUCUUGUUCGGAUGUGCUCUCGAGAACAAACUCGUGCCGUUCUGUGUGUGUAUGGUGAAAGGAAAAAAAAACGCGUGUGGAAAGGUACCUUCAUUCCCGCUUUUUAAACACUUCCGCCUCGAACAAGAUGUAAAAAAAACCGGAAGAAACAAAACUGUGCCACGAAAAAAAAAAGUAGGCUCCUGUUCCAGCGGAAAACAGGGGCGGGAAAAAGCUAAGAAGCAGCGCCAGUGGAAAAAGACGCGAAACACAAGCAUAGUCAUCAUAGCAGGCCGCGCGGAACAAAGGAGGCGACUACAAAAAGGGCGAUCCUUCUUACGGGUGUCCUCGGGUAAAGGUGCAAUUGAGCGAUGAUGGCAUCACCUCCACCGGCAUCACCACUCGAGUCAAGCCGUUGAGAAGCGGUCGAGAACCGUUGCCUCCCAAACCAGGCAACGAACGGCACAGCGAGGACCACGGCCGGAAACAAUGAUCGUCUCCUGUUUCGCGGUACCUCAACCGAACAUCUACCGACUUCCGACGGCAAAUGGCGCGCGGUACAGCAUCACCAUCAGGUUCGUCAUAAAAGUGCUGCAGGGGAGGAGAGUACACGCGAGCCCAGGACAUCACCAUCGGUUGAAUUUUCUUUGUGACGCCCGUUUUCUUCCCCUUCCCCGUCGUGCUUCAUUGUUGGCCGUGUGGUCCGCUUGCGUCAAAAGCCCCCGAAAAGUGUCAAAAGAGUGAAAGCGCACGCGAAAGAUGCAUGCAACAUGUGUGAAUGUUAAGAUGAUGAUAAUUACACCGUGAAAGUGUGUCCAGUGUGUGUCGUAAAAACCGAACGCCAUCGAAAGUAGUGUGCGGAGUUUAGCAGUGUGGCUCUGUGCGCCGUGUUUGUGUAGUGUUGAUAGCUGCAGUUACUUGUUUCGCAAGGAUUUGUGCCGCCUGAUUUAUGGCAACGUCCACUGCAAGCGCCCAUUAAACGACCCUUGUGCUAUAAAAGCGGUGCGACUGCAAAUCCUUGCUUUUCCCACACCGAACGACCAUAAAGAGGAGUUAAAGAGACAACGAACACGCAUCUUACCCACUUUCACCACCAACACGACCAUGGACCUAGCAGUGGCAGCCCUGCUGACGGAGGGAAAUAAAUCGACCACCGGAACUAGCUGCUGCCCUUCCGGCACUAACGGAAGUGUUGCCGAGAUGGGUUGGACUGGUACAGCCUCCGAGCUGGAGAUCGCCUGGCGCGAUGGAACAGCCGCAACCAGCCUACCAACGUUGGCGGGGAAAUAUGCUGACCCGAACGGGACAACCGAAAGCAUGCAAAAUAUGGACUUCUUCUCGAUACUGCCACUGUGGCGAUUGAUCGUGUGGAACGUACUGUUCGCGGGCAUCGUCAUUACGGCCACCGUCGGUAAUCUGAUCGUGGUGUGGAUCGUCCUCUCCCACAAGCGGAUGCGCACCGUGACCAACUACUUUCUCGUUAAUUUAUCGAUAGCGGACGCGAUGGUUUCCACCCUGAACGUUACCUUCAACUACACGUACAUGCUGUACCUGGACUGGCCGUUCGGGACAAUGUACUGCAAAAUAUCACAGUUCGUUGCCAUUCUCAGUAUCUGCGCUUCCGUGUUCACGCUGAUGGCCAUCGCGAUAGAUAGGUACGUCGCCAUCAUGAACCCGCUGAAGCCACGCAUGGGCAAGAAGGCAACACUGUGCGUUGCGGCCAGCAUCUGGAUCGUCGGUACGAUCAUCUCCUGCCCGACGCUCCUGUUCUUCACCACCUACCCGAUGAAGGACCACAUCCUGUGCUACGCCGAAUGGCCGGACGGUCCAUCGAACCACUCGAGGCAGGAGUAUGUGUACAACAUCGUGUUCAUGCUGCUCACCUACUUUCUGCCGAUCGGUUCGAUGACGUACACGUACGCCCGGGUCGGGCUGGAGCUGUGGGGCUCCAAGAGCAUCGGCGAAUGCACGCAGCGGCAGCUGGAAAACAUCAAAAGCAAACGGCGGGUCGUUAAGAUGAUGAUGAUUGUGGUGAUAAUCUUUGCCGUUUGUUGGCUUCCGUUUCAAAUCUACUUCAUCCUCACGUCGUACUAUCCGGAGCUGACGAAGAAACCGUACAUCCAGGAGGUGUACCUCGCCAUCUACUGGCUCGCGAUGAGCAACUCGAUGUACAAUCCCAUCAUCUACUGCUGGAUGAACUCACGGUUUCGGCGCGGGUUCCAGCAAUUCUUCCGCUGCUGUCCGUUCGUGCGCGUCACACCGGACAGUGCCAGCAGCCAUCGGCGCACCGGUACGUCCCGUUACUCGUGCUCCGGUUCGCCGGACCACUUGCGAAUAGUAAGAAAUGAUACCGAGCGUUCGUUUCUGUACAACGGGUCCCAGUCGCCGACCGGGCAACGGAAAUGGCAAACCGGUCCCAUGCGACGGGUGAACACGAUGCUGACGAGCCAGCUGAACCAAACCACCAGCCUGUGCUGUGCGUCCCAGGACAAUCCGCAGGGCCGGCCGGUAAAGGAUUAGCAGCAACUGCACGAGCUCGGUCGCGGCAUCUGCGGAUCGAUGGCGUCACGUCGCCGUGCGCGAUCGUGCCAAUCGGUAGAGGAGCUGUAAAUAACAACCAGCGCCCACCCAACAACCCCCCAGGUUGGGGGAGCACGUGUUUCGCAGGUGUGCAAACACUCACUGGCGCGUGUGACGUAUUAAAAGUCGUACCAAUCGAGGUACGAAUAUGGAGCAAAAGGCCGGUGUUUGUGGGCACAAGAUCUUUUAAGUCCAUGUAAGAUUAGUAGUGGUCGUGCAAAAGGGACGCAAAAGGUGGAAAAGGGGAGGAAAAUUGGAAAAACCCAAACCGAAAGUCGAGAUGAAAGGGGUGAGACUGCUAACCGUACUCAACCGCCUCUGUGUCGGUGUGGAGGAUGAAGGAGGAGAUUGAAAAUCUCGUAAAUUAAUUUGCCCACCGUGUGUUAGCAGCAGCAGCAGCAGCAACUAGAAUUGGUGCUGAAGAAGUGUUACGACCUUAGGAAACACUCCACAGUGAGGUGUAUUUUUCCGUCGGCUGCGCUACAAUACAAUACAAUCAUACCCAGUGCGCCAACGCGUACCUACCGGUGGCGAGUUAAACUCUGAAGAAGAACCGACGCACCGGCCGAAACCCGAAGUACCGGUGUUAAGCUGAUUAACAGCCCUGCCCAGGCGCUUUAUUUAUAGCGAGGCAAACCGAAAAUCCCUCUGCGAGAAUGGUUUGCUCCACGACGGGUCGCGGUUAUCUGUGUCAAAAGCAAAAAAGGGAUCCUGUUGUUUUAGAGACCCGCGAUCCCCUUUUCCUUCGCCUGAUUUUCUUUUGCCUACACGCGUUCCCGUUUAGCGAGCUGAAAUUGUUCCUUCACUGUUCCCACCCACCGUGCUUUUUUCUUUUUUUCCUCUCGAAGCGUCUACCGGUUGUUUUCCGGGGCAUUUCAGGGUUGCCAAGAUUAGUGCUCUGCCUAGUCUCAUACCUAGCGUAUUGGUGUGUUUUUCCCCGCCUGCUCCGAAAUUAAAUGGACGACCGUAAAUCGAGUGCGAUUUAAUCGACGAAGAUUUAGAUUUGACUCCAUUAAUCACGAUAAGUGCGAAACGGUGUCGACCGUACGGGGGAAGGUUCUCUAACGCGAGCCUUCCGAGAGCUGCUGGUGAUAGUGGCGGCACGCUGGAAAUGGCUAUAAGCCACAAACAAUAGACGCGAGUCAAAGGACCAAUUUAACCGUUAAGCGUUACGCCAAACCACACAAAGUACACUAGAACGCAGUAGAAGUACGAAACAAGCUCCCCAAACCACACACCCCCCCAUUAGAAACAAAGAAAAACCAGAAAAAAAGCUGUGUUAAUUCUGUGCCACCCGGAACCGGUGUGGUUUUGAUUAGGAGAGGGUGGGGAGAAAAACAACACCCCAAACCGGUCAACGGGGCAAACGAACCUGGUAAUAAAACUUAUUUGUGGCUCUCCACUGGAUGUCGAUAUAUGUACAUGUGUA